UGUACGGCUGGGUGGUUGCCAUGGCGCAGCCGCGGUGAUUGGCAGGGGUCUGAAAGGGAGCUCGCGAUGGAGGAAGAGGAGGCGAGAGACUACCAUGAACCUUGUGUAGCAUGUUCUGUUGUUGACUGGGGCAUUACAGAAGAAGGCAAAUAUUAUUGCAGAUCUUGCCACACUGUCAUAGAAAGGACUAGAGAAGUUUUAACUGGUGAUGUUACUUCAAAUGCCAGGGCACAGUCUAUCUCUAGAGGAUUAAAAAAAAAGAACAAAUUUGAUAAAGGCCUGGAAUGGUAUGUCUGUGAAGGCUUUCAGUACAUUCUCUGGAAGCAAGCUGAAGCUUUGCAGUCUUUAGGAGUUUCUAAGCAGAUGAAGGAUGAAGUUCUGUCUAAUUUUUGGAGAAGAUACCUUCAGAAGAGCAAGCAGGCUUAUUGUGAGAAACCUCUCAGUGAUGUUACUCAUGAUACUUUACCAAUGCAGACUACAGAUACAGAAGAGGAGUUAGACAUUACUAAAAUUCUUAGUUUGGCUUCCUCUGCAACUGAUACAGAUAUGGCAUCUGAAUCUAGCUUUGGAGGAGUUUCUUCUAGCAAGACAUCAGUCAACUCCGCAGGAAGAUCUGUCUGGUCUGGAUCUGUGGAUGGUAGAUUGUAUUUAACGAAAUGGAAGAAAGGGGACAUCAGAAUGUCAAUGCCGAUGACCCUGGCUUUUUGCUAUUUGGCAUUGCUCUGGCUGAGAGAAUCAAUGACAUUAUCAGAUCUCCUAAGGCUGGUAAUGGAUGGUCACAUUCCUUAUUUGAAUGCUUAUAAAGAUUUCCCAGAGGAGAUGAAGAUGUAUGGGACUGACUUCAAGAUCUUUCAUGAACAGUCUUGGCCUUCGUAUGAAGAUGUUCAUAAAAAAAUGCAUGCUCUCGCAGAAUACAUAGAACUACCUAGUUUUCCAGAAAUAACAGACACUAGCUUCCUUCAUCCAAACAUUCUCUGCAUCAAGUAUUUGAUGGAAGUUAAUUUGCCUGAUGAAAUGCACAGUUGGACUUGCAAAGUGGUAAAAAAAACUGGCAUUGGCAAAACAGACUUCUUGACGCUUCAUCCUGAAAAUAAAUCAGCUCAGAAAGUGAAAUAUGAUAUUCUUGCCAUGGCUGUUGUUAUAGUGGUGCUGAAAAUUCUUUUCUUGCUGGAUGACCAAUAUGAGUGGCUACUAGCAAACUACGCUGAAGAGAGAAACAAAAACAACAAAGAAGGCUGUCCAGUUUUUGAUAUUGAAAAAUGGUAUAUUGUUGUAAAGAAUGCUCUAGAUUUGGAGCAGAAGAAAUUUAAUGAAGAAAGAAUCAGGUAUUUAUGGAGAUGUGAGAAGCCACUAUUAUAUGCAGCCAUGAAAAAAUCUGUUGUUCUCAAGAAAAGACAAAUGGUAGUGGACCUUCAAAGGCAAUUCAGGGCACUCUCUGGCUCCAUAGAACCUACUGAGAAGCCAACGCCUUCAUUAUUCCAGCUAAAUUGGACUGAGGAAAACCCAGCACAGAAUUGUUUUCAUGGGCACAGUCUUGCUGGAGUUUUGCAACAAAAAGGUGGCAUAUUUACGACUUUGAAUAGUGGCUAUUGGUUGUGUACAACUAAACUGUGCAAGGAGAGGGUGUGUGGUCAUGUGGCACAUUAUAGAGAAUCAGAUUUUCCCCAUACGUACCAGUUUGUGUUAAACUUUUUCUCCUUCCUCCUGCGGGUGAAGCCCUCCCUGAUCCAUGAAGAAGUAUGUGCAUUAGAACAUAGGCUUUUUCACUCACAACUACGUAAGAAAUGCACUAUGUAAGAAAUAAACGUGGAAGGUCUUAAAGACCAGAGACUACCUUGAAGGAGUGAAGAUCUACAGAAACUAAAAUAACAUAUACAGCUGAUCCAUACUUUCAGUGAAUUCCAUUGAAAUUAGCAGACGUACCAGUUCUGCAAUUAGUUUAUAUUUGUCUUAGGUUCAGAUGUCACAGUCUCGAUCCAACAUAUUAGUGUGUUAAACCAGUUUCCUGUAUCACCCAGAUUGGGAAGACUCCAAUAGAUCCUAAAUUGGAUCUAUUGGACUGGAAAUGUGACAUCUGAACUGGACCUUACAGUCAAUACAUGUUGGGAAAUUGCAGAAAAGGGCAAUAUUUUUAUCCAAUAUUUGGACAAAUUACCAAAGAUUGUUUUUUCUAUACAUAUAUGAUCCAUAUAUUUGCAUAUUUUGGGGGGGGGGGCUUAAAAUGUAGUCUAAUUUAUCGCUGCAAAUAUAGAUCCUAAUAUAUUGAAGAGUUAACUUUUGAAAUAAAAAUAUUUUUUCAAACAAAA